AUGUCUGCCGACGCGGGUGAAGACGAGGCUGUAUUAGAUGUCAAAGUUCCUACAAGAAGACGUCGUGCAAGUGAUGAUGAAGCAGAUGAGGUGGAGUUUCAUGAUGCCACCGAGUGUGCGGCUUCCGUAGCCGACAGUCAAGCGGUGGACCGGGAAGACCAAGUCGUGGAUGAAUCCCGCAGCGUAGAUGGUUAUGAGAAUGGUAGCACCCCGGGACUUGAAGGUGCAGGCGACGAAGAAGUCGUAGGGACGGAGGAGCCAUCCAGCGAACAGGAUCAAACUGAACAAGUCUUAGCAGACCAGAAGAAGGCUAAGUUACGGGAGCCGUUCGAAGUGCCGACGUCGGGCGCCUUCUGGCUGCACGAUGACCGGUUUGGUGGCGACGAGCCGCAAACUGAGGCCCCCAGGCCCAGCGGCGCAGUGGAGCGCAAAGCGAGGAGCGAUACAGAGGGCCGGUGGCUGCACGACAAGUUCGGCACCCUGGAGCUGGGCGAAGCUGCAGAUGACGACGACACCGAAAAUGCCUUUUCGAACUAUCGGCGGGGAAGAGGGCGGGGCAUCCGCAGCGGUGGUGUUGGUGGCGGCAGCCACGGCGGCGGCGUUGGUGGCGGCGGGCGGGGCUCCAAUCUCACAGCUGGCGGCCGAGGCCGCGGUGUAGGUCGGGGCCGCGGCGGUCGCUACGUCAACAGCACCAAUGAUUCGUCCGAGCCCGUUGAUGCCGGGAUACCAGCCCUCGGCCUGCAUGACACACAAGAGGCGCUGCCACAGCGCCAAUUGCGGGCGCCGCGCUCCACCGCACGCAGCCCUGCAGUUUCAUUACCAUUCCCGCUUGCAGAGGACCCAGGCGUGGCAGGCAAUUAUACCGCUGCCACCUUAGGCUCGGGACGGGGUCGUGGGGGUCCUCCCGGUGUUCGAGGCGGCAGCCGCAGCGGGGAGCCUACAGGCCGCGGCCGUGGCGAGCGCAGCCGGUCCCUGGAGCCUCCAGCAGCGCCUCGGGACAACGGAUUCGGCUCAGAGACCGGGAGUGGUCGUGGCCGGGGCCUCGCUGGGCGGGGUCGGGGUCGGGAGGGGGCCAGCCGGGACGACGGCGUGCUGGGCCGAGGCGGCUACGGCCGAGGCGUAGGGCGGGGGUACGCGGGGCGAGGAACGGACGCUGCUCCGGAGAGCAAUGGCGGGAUCGGGGCACAUGAGGGCGGCCGCGGCAGGGGCCGUUCAGCUGGCAGGUCAGCUGGUGAUUACCAGGGACGCGGAUCUGGACUUGAGCGCGGUUUUGGCGCAGGGCGCGGAUUGCCGCCCGGACAACAACAGCCGUAUCGCAAAGCAGACCGUGUGGUGGAUGAAGAGUUUCCGCCCCUGCCCAGCAGCGGCCCGCCAAGGCAGUCCGUUGCGGCCACCUUGCAGGGCGCCGACAUGCCACCUGGCGUCAGCAUUGGCGGCCACGCUGCCGCCGCCACGGCGUCGGCGGUGGACGCAGCGGCGCCGGCUACGCAAGGCGUCAGGCGGUACAGCAGGAUGGCUGGGAAGGUUGGCGGUGGCCCCGGUGGUGCUGGCGAUGCAAAUGCUGGGUUCGGGGUUGGUGGCGCAGCAGCAGCAGGAGGGUCGGGGGCGACGGCGGCAGGGCCCGAGAACGGGCAUGCACGAGGAGGAGCGGGUGAAGGCGGUGCUCCCGCACGGACCAGUAAGUUGUCCGCCGCAGCGCCGACCUUCGAGCCCUCGCCUGCCGCAGCAGCGGCAGCUGGGCACGCGGGCCGGCAGCCGCAGCAGGCUCAACAGGCGCCUCCGCACCCGCAGCAGCAGCCCGUUCCGUCUGUACCUAUGGCCUUUGGUGCCCCGCUGCAGCCCAUGACUGUCGUUGCAACGGGCCCGCCCGUGCAGCCCAUGGCCGGUAUGGUAUCGGAGCAGCAAGGUGGGGGCUUUACCCCGCAAACCGGCAUGGCAUACAUGUACCAGCACCCACAGCAGCAGCACAUGCAGCAUCCACCCCAGCAGCACAUGCAGCAGCAGCACAUGGCACCGCCGCCAAUGCCUCAGCAACAGCACACGCCGCCGCCGCCCCCACAGCAGCCCCAGCAGCAGCAGCAGCACACGCAGGCGCCGCCGCAGCAGGUCCCGACGGGAGGUUACAUGGCUGGCUCCAUGCAACAGCAGCAACACGCGCCGGUUAGCGGUGUCCCGCAACAGGGCGGCAUGAUGGGAGGCGGCGGAGGCUCGCCGAUGGCUCAGACGCAGGGCAGCGGCACACCGUACGCGUUCAUGGGCGCCAUGAUGUACGGAGCAUCGCCGGCGGAGGUGGAAGCCUGGUACCAGGAUGCAUACCAGAAGGCCCUGGCGACGGGCAUGGAUCCGCAGCAGGCUUACAGUGCUGUGCAAGGGUACGUGCAAGGACUUAAUAUGGCCUAUACGGUGAUGGAGCAGCAGCGGCGCCAGCAGCAGCAAAUGGGUGCAGGUGCCUAUGGUGGUUCCGCGCAGCCACCGCCACAGAUGCAGGUGCAGGCGCCACCUGCCGGGGUCGCGGCGUAUGAAACCGCUGCGAAGGCUCUUUGCCCACUCGCGCUGUCACCUAAUGCACACACGGGAGAGGAACUAACCGAGUUGAGGGUAAUACACGUGCUGCUCUCUCCGUCGUUACCUCGACGUCUCAAUGAUAAGUAG